GAAGGGAAAAAAAAUUCAAUUUCAAAAUGACCUUUCCCCUUGUCUUAUCACCCCUAGAAAUGUCAACCACAUCCUGGUUACUUGUUUCACUAUAGUACUGCCAAUUAAGCUGUUUAAUCCUUUGGCUGCUUUGGGUGUGUAUGUUUGUGUGGUUAUAUAUAUAUAACCUGAGAUGCAGCAAAUCGUUUUCUAUCAUUUUAUUCAACCAUAAAACCCCCCUCAAACAAGCCUCUCCAUCAAACAGGUCCUUCACCAUAGCAACUGUAAGGCAGCAGCUGAGUUUUAUAGCCAUGGCAGAUGAGUUUAAUACAGGAACUAAUUGGUGGGAUUCAUCAAGGACAGCUGGUUCAUCUUCUUCAUCUUCAGGGCUUAAUAACAGCUUUGGUUGGGCAACUGAAAUGGUUGAUAUCAAAGCAGCAAGGUCUCCAAUGGAUUCGGUCUCAUCAGUUUCAGGCAGUUCAGUUGUUUUCCAUGAUAACCCAAAGCUUCAAGUUGGACUCGGACCUGAUCAUCAUCAUCAUCAUCACCACCAUCAUCAUCCACCUAGUGAUUUACAAAUGAUGGGUUUAGGACUUCCUUCUCAAGCCAUGGAUUGGAACCAAGCUUUGCUGCGUGGGGAUAAGAGUGAGGUUAGUUUCAGGUCGAUGCUUCAAGAUCAUAACUUGAAUGCUUCAAAUGCAAACUAUCAGCAUCAACAGCAAGAAACAGGUGGGAUUGGAUCGUCUCAACUUCAUUGGAGAGACAAAAUGUUUACUGGGGAUGCCGGGUUAAAGCAAAUCGGGAGAGGGUUUUCACUGGAUCAAUCUCAGUUCAGUCCCCAUGGAAGUUCCAGUGAUAGCACUGUGACUUGCCAGAGCUUGCCUUCUAGUUUCCAGAUGGAUUCUUCUACAGCUUUGUAUGGGAGUCCCUCAACCAUUCUGCAAGGGCUAUUGGGGUCAGAAAAUCAACCACAACAACAACAACAACAAUCCUCUUAUGAGAAUCGUUCAAUGAAUUACCAAUAUGGAGCAGCCGCCCCUACAAGUUAUGGAAUGAACACUAAUGAUCAAUUGUUGCCUAAUGCUUUGUCCAAAGUCCCACAAUUCUUAAGAAGUUCACCUCCAAAACAACAACUCCAUGGUCAGUUACAUUUCUCAAACAAUGCUCCGUUUUGGAAUCCAUCUGCAGCAGCAGCAGCUUCCAUGACUGAUCAUGUUAGGCCUGGGUUUUUCCCCUCAUUGCAAACCCAAUUUCAAACAGGAACUUUCGAUGAAAAACCAAAGAAUAUAUCCGAAGUUCGGGAGACGAGCACUGUGGUGAAGAAAAGUGGAAACGAACCCGCUUCUACUAAAAGGCCUCGAAAUGAAGCCCCAUCAACGAUGCCAGCUUUUAAGGUGAGAAAAGAGAAGAUGGGGGACAGAAUCACUGCACUCCAACAAUUGGUUUCACCUUUCGGAAAAACGGAUACAGCCUCAGUGCUAUCUGAAGCCAUCGAAUACAUUAAAUUCCUCCAUGCACAAGUCAGUGUUUUAAGUACCCCAUACAUGAAAAAUGAAGCCACCAUACAACAUCCUCAACAGAAUCCUGAGAAGUCCAAGGACCCAGCAGAAGGACCUAAACAAGAUCUAAGAAGUCGAGGACUAUGCCUAGUGCCAGUCUCCAGCACAUUCCCAUUGACAAAUGAGUCGCCUGUGGAUUUCUGGACACCAACAUUUGGAGGAACUUUCAGGUAGAUGACUGAAAUGGUGGGGGAAAAAAAAGGGGGUCCAUAGAUAUUAUAUGUAAAUGGAACAGAUUCUCUGCAAACUAUAGUGUAUAUUCUUAUCAGGAAAAUCAAAACCCUAGAUACAAGUUGUUGGAGGGAUGAUAAUUGAUAAGGAUGAAAUUGGAAAGAAGUCCAGACUCCAAGAAGGGAAAAUUGAAAGGAAAAUUAGAAGAUAGAAAAGGGAAGAGGACUCUUCAAAGAAGAGGGGGCAAUAGCAAGGUUCCAACAACAGGCAAAAUGAUGCAAGGAUUUGGGCAUUGUUGAAGGGGACCAUAUGAGAUAUAAACUGAUAUUAAUUUGUUUUUGUAAUAAUUGAAGAAUAAUUAUUGUGAGAUGAGAGGUUAUUUUAUUGGAUUAGGAAUAUUAAUUCAGAAUUAAACAAUAGUUGCUGAUUUUAGAGGGCAAAAAAAAAAAAAAAGAAAGAAAUAAUUUAGAAAGAAAAAUUGAACCCUUUGUUCCUUUAUUUAUUUAUUUAUAAUUUUAAAAUUAAUUUUGUGUUUA